AUGUUACAAUUUCUUUCUCUUUUUAAUACAAUCUUUAAUGAUGCGCCUCAACCUUGGCAAUUAGGUUUUCAAGAUAGUGCUGCUCCAGGAUUUACAGGUAUUGUUACAUUACAUAAUACAAUUGGAUUCUAUUUAAUUGUAAUAUGUUUCUCAGUUUUCUGGGCUUUAUUUUCAAUAAUUUAUUAUUAUAAUACUAACAAAAAUCCAAUAGCUCAUAAAUAUUUAACACAUGGUACUGUAGUUGAAUUAGUUUGGACUAUUACACCUGCUUUAAUUUUAAUUGCUAUUGCUUUCCCUUCUUUCAGAUUACUUUAUUUAAUGGAUGAAGUAAUUUCUCCUACAUUAACAAUUAAAGCUGUAGGUCAUCAAUGGUAUUGGUCUUAUGAAUUAUCUGAUGGAUGCUAUAGAUUUGAUAGUUAUAUGUUACCUGAAUCUGAUUUAGAAUUAGGUCAAUUUAGAUUAUUAGAUGUAGAUAAUAAAUUAAUAGUACCAGUUGAUUGCCAUAUUAGAUUAAUUGUUACAGGGGCAGAUGUAAUUCAUUCUUAUGCUGUUCCUUCUCUAGGUUUAAAAUUAGAUGCUGUUCCUGGUAGAUUAAAUCAAGUUUCUUUCUUAGUAGAAAGAACAGGAACAUUCUAUGGACAAUGUUCAGAAAUCUGUGGAGUUUGGCAUGGGUUUAUGCCUAUAGCUAUUGAAGCUGUAUCAACACCACAAUUUCUUAUUAUGGGUAGAUAG